GGCGGGCCCGCGCCACAGCCAUGGAGACGCCCGUCGUGCCGGAGAGCGACAGCAUCCGCAGGGCCGUGUCGCUGUUCAACGCCGUGGACCCGGGCCGGUUUCCGCGGCUCCUCUCUCGCCUUCUCCAGAAGCUGCACCUGAAGGCUGAAAGUACCUUCAGUGAAGAGGAGGAAGAAAAACUUCAAAUAGCUUUUUCAUUGGAAAAACAGGAUCUUCAUCUGGUUCUUGAAACUAUAUCAUUCAUUUUGGAACAGGCAGUCUAUCACAAUUUGAAGCCUGCUUCACUGCAACAGCAGCUACAAAGCAUUCACCUGGAUCAAGACAAAGCUGAAGCAUUUGCUAGUGUGUGGGCAGCUGCAGGUCAAGAUAUGAUUGAAAAGUUCAGGCAGAGGGUUUUGACCCCUCAGAAGCUUGAAACAGUUGGAUGGCAGCUUAAUCUUCAAAUGGCGGAGUCCAUGCAAGCAAAGCUGAAGACUCCUCAAGCUGUGCUAGAGCUGGGAGUGAACAAUGAAGAUUCAAAGAACUUGAAGAAGGUGUUUGUAGAAUUUAGCCAUCAGGAGCUAUUUGAGUUCUACAACAAGCUGGAAACUAUACAAGCACAGCUGGAUUCCCUUACAUGAUGUUUUUGAAGACUUAUUUCUCCAUCAUGCUCCUGCCACCUCAUUAUUUUGAAUUGAAGACAGAUUGCCAAGCUGCAUUUCCUGAAGGAUUCAGUGGGUUGCUUCUUGUAAAAUUAUGUGGCUUAUCUGCUUUUCAGACCAGUACCAUUAGCAAGGAGUCUGUGUCAAGGGUCUGAAGAUUCUAAUGGACUUUCUCUUGUUUGCUUAGCAGCUGUGAAAAAUGUCCUCUUUACUUACAGUGGGGAAACACCUUGCCCACCCCCUCCCCCCCACAAAUAAUGCUACCCUGCUUCAGAAAUAUCUUUUUCAUUCUAUUAUGCAUAUUACUUGGUUCUGGUAGAAAUUUGCAUAUUAGUGAGAGACCUGUAAAAAAACCCUUUUUGUAGACAUAAUUAUAGAAGUUGUAAGAAGAUACACAGCUAAUAAAAUCUCUAUCCUUUUAAAAUAACGUUCACACAAUUGGUAAUGCUUCUUGCAGAUUUGUCAAGUUCAGAAUAUUAAAGUUUAUUUUGAGGCUAGGCACACUUCAUUUCAUUAUCUUUGUUCUAUUUUGGUUUGGUAGAGUUUUUUUCUUUGAAAUAAUCAACAAUGUCUCUGACUUCAGUGUUUACUCUUGGCACUAAAAAUAAACAUGGCUUCUUAGCACUGCAUGCCCACUAAUGAAUCUAAGAAGUGUAGUGUAUAACAGACGGGAGAAAUCUCAGAGUACAAAACAAAAGAUACUGAAAUGAUCUGACAGAUUUCUGAAAGCUUUGUUGAUUCUUCCUCAUGCUCUUUUUACCAUCAGCUUUUUUACAUUGAACAGGAAAAAUUGAAGUAUAGUGAUUAAAGGCCAACUUAGUCAUACUUUCACCCAUUAGUUGCAGAUGAUUCAUGAGCAGCAGGAGAAAGGUGAAAGUUGUCUUAGUUCUUGUUUGUUGCCAUUUGUUGACAGGCAGCUUCUUGCUACACAGUAUAUGACUGGGCCUAUAGAAGGUGAGAGGAAAUUUGCUUGUUCAGAGAUUUAAGAAUUUUUUUCUUCCUGAUGCCUACAUCAGGGAAGGUUAAUACCAGCCUACAGUUUCAUUCUGUAGUUUAUUUGCUCAUGACUGUAGAUAUAAGUACAAUCAAAUGUAUGUUUUGAAUAGCUGGUUCUCCUGAAUAGUCUAGGUCCUCCUGUGUCAGAUUUCCCACUUUGUUGCUUUUUUGUGCCUUUUUGUUGCUUUGUUGCUGUCAACUCUAGAAUACUGUGAGGUUUACACAAGUUGUCCAAGCUGAAAAUUACUAGAUUCAGAUGAUAAAGACAUUAACAGCCUAUGUGUGAGUAAAGGGCACUGAAGAGAAAACACACAUUUACGAUUGUUCUUAGCUCUUAAAGGAAAUGCCAAAUGAUACUCUACUGCUCUGGUACAGUAUCACUGUUACUAUAGAAGAAGAAAUGAGUCACCAUUGCUGGGCAGAAUAUCCUCAGCUAUCCACUAUAGCUUGGGAGGCUGGUUGCCAAAAUCAUUUCGUGUCAUAAGCCCCUGGCACACAUGCUAUAUCUUCUGGAGAUACAGAUGUCACCUCGUCGGUCUGGCUGUUUAACAAGAGCUUGGCAGCUUGCUCAUCUCACCCUGCAUAGACUGGUGCAUUUCUGCAGGUGGAUACAUCCCCACCAUUCUCUCUGCUUGCUGACAGUAGCAGUGCUUUGUAGUUAGUGCAGCUGGGGGAAUCUCCUUCAGCAUGACAUGUCUUCUCUACCAGUCUUGUGGCACAGUAUCCUUUGUGCAAGAACACUGCUCUUGAGCCUUUUCUUGGAGUUUCCAGAUCUUAUGUUCUGGAAGUCAGAACAUAAGCCAGAGUUCAGACUUUCCUGUGUGGAUACGGACAUACUAAGGCAGUUGUGUGAGGGGUUUCAGUUAUCUUUGUGAAUGUAGGCAGUGAUUGACGUAUCCUGGAGGAAGAGGUGAAGGCUGGAGUUUGGAGAGCAAGAGGCUUUGGACAAAUCAGCAGGCAAAUCUUAGAAAAAGAAGUCAGAGUAGGAAGAAAUGGGGCACAAGAAAAAUGAAGGGUAGAGAAAUGGAUAUUUCCAAGGAUGGAAUUUGGGUGUUGGAAAAUACCAGGAAGAGAGCAGAAACACUGGAAAAGAUGACAAAAGUAUAUAUACAAAGAACAUAUUAUGCAGAGGGGUAGAAAACCUUAAGAAGAGUGAGAGGAAAACUGGGGAAUCAGAAUAAAGCAGAAUUAGCUGUGGAAACUAGCCAGUUGUAUAACUGCAUAUAGUAUUUCAAACUAACCCAGAACUGCCAACCUUGGUGCAAAGUUUACCAAGAUGAAACUAUAGGAUAAUGAAAUACAGAUUUUAAAUCUAGCUUUAAUAGGAAAUAUUUUAAAAAUCAUAAAAUUAUGUUGAAAGGGAAGAAAAUGCCUCAGGUUGCAGUAAUUUUGUAAAAUUUAUUUAAUGUUUAUCCUUGUUUGCAGAUGACUGAAAAGAUUGAUGAUUUCUUUACAGUGGCUGCCUUUUAUUUUUUUACUACCUGUACUGAAUUCUUAGUGUCAAAAGCUUUAUUGUAAGAAGUACAAUGGUUACCUUCAGUGAAGGACUGCUGAGAAAUAAACAUUUAGUUUAAAAAUACUUUUCUGUAUGUAAUGGGAAGCUUUGGGGUUGUACAUUGUUAUGGAGCAAGAGCAUAACUUUUACCAUCUUAGAGAAGAACACUGCCACUUAAAUUUAAGUGCUAUUGACUAAGGAGAGAAAAUUGGCUAACUGAGAAAGAGCAGAAGACUUUGUGGGGUUUUGUUAGGUCUUGCAGAAAAGAAGGCUUUUAUCCUGGUUGCUUCUCUCUGAGUGUGAGUGGACCUGGAGAGGGGAAGAUUAUUCUUCUCCUGAGAGAAGCUGUCUCUGCUUGGUUUGUAUAAAGUCCUGGUGUCUCAGAAGUGUCAGUGAACAAGAGUAAAAACAAGCACUGGCAGAGACUGGGUCGUGUGUGGGUACAUCUGCCUGAAGCAGGGACUCAACCCAGUGCCUUAGGGGUGGCAGAAAGAAAAACACUUCUGGGAGGAUGGCAACAUGUAGACUACACAGAAUGACCACACCAGGCUGGUGUGAGAGCCUAGACAGGUGUAUGCAUUCUGAAGGUGUUCAAGCUUUAUUUAUGGGUACUGGUGAAAAACAGAACAGUGAGUCUCAGUGCUAUUUUGAAUAGCCCCAAGAAAAAAAAUUUGAAUUUUUUUAUUGCAGAAAAAAAAAGGGAUGCAUAACAUGCCCUUUCCAGUUCAGGAUCCUAUCAUACUGGCCUGUAAUACUUCUUGGACAUGAUCCAGAUUUAAAAUUAUCAAGGCUUCACAUAGUGUUGAAGGAAGAUAUUUGCAGAGAUUUAUUGAACUCUAAAACUGGAAAUUGGAAUGAGUAAGAAUAACUAAAUCUUCUUUCAGAUCUUUCAGUGCAUUUUAAAAACAUUUGAUUCAUCUUUGUUCAGACAUUAAAGACAGUGUUUUCUGUGACUGUAUUUCUUUCAAAACUGUAAUGUCAAAUUCUGCCUCAAAUGGACUGUUGGCAAAAGAAGGAAAUCUUUUGAUGCAGAUGUAACAAGCAUCAGUAAUAUUUUGACAUGAAGAUUAGGAGUUCUGGACAUAAGGGAAAGCCAGUUCUCAAACUGCCUCAAAAACACCAAAUUACUGGUGAAGAGCAACCAAUUGUACAUCACUGAGCAAAACCAACACUAAUGGCACAUUAAUUCUUGUUAAGUACAAAUGAAUUAGAUUAUCUUUGUCCAGUUCAGACUCAGACAUGUAAUUCCUGUUUUUUAAGCAAAUACAAAAUGUCUGUAAGUUUUUGCAUUUUAUUUUUGUUGAAAUAAAAUACAUAAUUGGACAAAUAUAGCUUUUCUCUCUCAAAUUUUGACUAACUGCCAAACCUGGUUUGGCUCUCCAGAGGAGGCUUUCAAAUUCUCCUUUAAUUUCUGGGUUUGCUGACAUAAAUUUUGAGUAAUGACCUGCAGCUUCAUUUCUACAGUCUGAUUUUAAGGGCUCUGAAGUCUUGUUCUUUCAAAGCAUGAAGAAUUUACUGACAUGCUAAUUCUUACCUUGGUCAAAGGAAGAAAUGUGGUUAUUGUUAUAAAAUAGUAUAAGCGCCCCUUCACACUUGUUCAUAUUAUCAUAUUCUUGAUUCCAUGAUGAUGAUUCCAGCAUCAUCAGUAACAUUUCAUUGCCUGGCUGAAUUGGCAUAUCAUAUCUUCAAAGAUUAUGAAUUCUCUCACAUUAUGGUAAAAUAAUGACAAAGCUUAGUAAUGUCUGUUGACCAGUAGAUAAGUAUCAUAGCAUUUUGUGUUAUAAGCUUUUAUAGCUUAUUUGACCAAUUAAAAUGAGUAAUGUUUUGAUCUACUGUGUGGAACUUCCUUUUCUAUGGAGCAGAAAUGAAUAACAGUGAUUUUGAGUAGGUGUGUGAACCACAGUGCUGCUGACUGGUACACUAUUGAUGGUGUCUCAUUAAGAUAAACUAAUAAGAUGCUUUUAUCUGCAAUUGCAUAAGUUGAUUUCUAAUUUCCACAGAAAUUAAUCAGUUUUGUUGGAUCUUCCCGUGGCCUCCCUAAUUGUUGAUCAGAUCAAAUAAUAUGCUGUGAUUUUAACUGAAAUAAAGUGUUUAGACCAUC